AUGUGUUCUAACCAGGUACUACUUCCUCCUAGUACUAUUUGUACAUUUCUUUAUCAAUACCAAGAAAUACAGGCAAAACCCGGGAUUUCUUGUUGUGUCGGGGCUGGCGGUGUUCGUGUUGCCACCGCGGUGGCCCGGAGACCUUCCUUUCGACACCGUCAUCAGGCGAUGAGGAAGAGGACGAUGAAGACUUUAUCCAGCCUGAAACCCAACAUCAGGAAGCCCAUUAUCUUUGCAGGGCUAUCUGGGAUGGGCACCUAUUAUGAUGAUGGGAGGUUUGGAAUUUAUGGUGGAAAGUUUGUACCGGAGACACUCAUGACAUCUUUGAGUAAGCUGGAUCAUGAGUUUAAUCAAGCUCUGCGUGACGUCCACUUCGUGAAAGAGCUUGAAACUGCUUUGAGGGAUUACGUGGGGCGCGAAACUCCAUUAUACUGGGCUCAGAGGCUCACAGAUCACUACAAACGCCGCAACAACAAUUAUAAAGGACCGGACAUUUAUCUCAAGAGAGAAGAUCUAAACCACGGCGGAGCUCACAAAAUAAACAAUGCUAUCGCGCACAGGCUAUCCUAGCCAAGCGGAUGGGCCUCAGAAGUGUUGUGACCGCCACAGGCACUGGCCACCACGGCGUUGCUACCGCCGCUGCAUGUGCCAAACUUGACUUGGUAUGUGAGAUUUUUAUGGGAGACUUUGAUAUGGAGAGAAAUCCGUCUAACGUCCUCCUCAUGAACCAUCUUGGUGCUAAGGUGAAAAUGGUAGUAAAGGGAACCUUCAAGGAUGCAAUAUCAGAUGCAAUAAGAAGCUGGAUAGAGAACCUAGAGACGUCAUAUUUCUUGGGAGGGGUCGCUGUGGGACCCCAUCCAUGCCCGACCAUGGUUCGGGAGUUUCAGUCGAUCAUCGGGAAAGAGACAAGGAAACAGGCGUUAGAAAAGUGGGGCGGUGAACCAGAAGUGUUGGUGGCAUGUGUUGGGAGUGGGUCAAAUGCAUUGGGACUCUUUCACGAGUUCAUCGGAGACCCAAAUGUGAGAUUGAUCGGAGUUGAAGCCGCCGGUGUCGGGUUACAUAGUGGAAGACAUUCUGCUACUUUGACAAGGGGCGAGGUUGGUGUCUAUCAUGGAGCAAUGAGCUAUGUUUUACAAGACGAGGAUGGCCAAAUCAUGAAACCCUACUCGGUUGGGGUUGGAAUGGAAUAUCCUGCGGUUAGCCCAGAGCUUAGUUAUCUUAAAGACAUAGGGCGUUUAGAGUGUUAUACUGUCACCGAUGAGGAAGCCAUGCAAGCGUACAAAAGGGUAUGUAAUUUAGAAGGGAUAUAUCCAGCCUUGGAGACAUGUCACGCAUUAGCAUUUCUUGAUAAGCUUUGCCCUACCCUACCCGACGGCACGAAGGUAGUGGUUAAUUGCAGCGGUCGUGAUGAUGAGGAUGCUCAUACUCGAUCCUCUAUGCAUAUACAAUCCGUAUAUACUAAUUAAAGACGAAUACCAUGGACAUCAUCCAUUCAUAAUCAUUGAGGUAGUUCAUUUUUCUAAUUUUGUGUGCACAUGUUAUAAUUAUUCAAUGUACAUCUGUAAUAGGGAGAUCGAAUUCAUUUUACACCCAAUAACUUUUUGAGCUAUAUUAUACAUUGAACCUCAUUUUUCAGAAUCAUUAAUGUAUUAAUUAUGUAUGAUCCCCAUCACUUAAAAGUCAUGAGGGAAUUGAAUAAGGUGCAAAGCUAUGUGAUUUUAUGCUCAAUGGAAUGCAUGCAUUAAUGAUUUUGAAAAUGAUGUGCAAUGUCUAAUAUGUCAAAAAGUGGGUGCAACACGGUCAAAUUUGCACUUUGUAUAUAAUAUCAUAUCAAUGUACAUUUCGUAUAAACGUACGUU